AUGAACCGGUCACGAUUGGAUCAUACCUACGAGGUCUACGGAGCAUCAGCGGAGGAUUUUCUGGAGCACAUCAUCGGCAGUGGGCCCAUCGAAAAUUCCACCAACAUCUUAGACCUGGACAAGGUCGUGGUCAACGUGUACCACUGGAAAGCUACACAUCCCGGACUGAUCCCGUUCUACACACCCUGCGUAAACAACAAUCCACUCGUGCUAGCGGUUCUAGCGAAGCUAGAUGUUGGCUUUAGUUGUGCUUCGCGAAAAGAAAUGAACGAUCUGCUGGACAUGGGCAUCACUGUUGAUCGUAUGUGGCUUGCUCAUCCCAGUAAAACACAAGACACGAUUCUGUACGCCAAACAGAACGGUAUUCUCCGGAUCGCUUGUGACAAUGUGCAAGAUGUGGCCAAUGUGCAUCGGUUGUAUUCCGCGGCUGAAAUUGUGCUUAGGAUCCGUGUAAGUUCCGAACAAAAGUUUGGUUGCUGCCCAACAUUCGACGUGCCGGAGAUAUUGAACCUUGCAUUGUCGUCGAAAGUCAACAUCGUUGGAGUGCAUAUUGCCAUCCCACAGGAACAACCUGAAGAAACGUUAGCAUGGCUUCGCCAAAGCCUUCAAAAAGCUGAGGAGGCAAUAGCAUAUGCUCAUCAGCUGGGAUUAGGCGAUUUGCAGCAAUUGGUGUUAUCGGGAAUAGAGAAGAUUCCGCAAAGUCGUCUUUGUAGCAUCCUAAAGACGAUCACAAUUCCAGUAUCGCUCUCAAUUAUCAUUGAAACUGGCCGAGAGUUUGUGCAGAACGCGGUAACCCUUGUUACAAACGUUCAAUCGAAACGGGUGAUCUAUCAUGGCGGACUAUCUAACAUCAUCCAGGAGAUAAUGUACUUUCUCAACGACGGCCGGUACGGCUCUUUUGAGUGGUGGGAAGCAAUCGAUAAGCCCCCGAGCAUUCGUCUUAUGAAUGAAACUCACCGGUCAUCCGUUGUUAGUUGGCCUACGUCACUGUGGGGGCCCACCUGUGACUCAGCGGAUGUCAUAUGCGAGCGGCUCGAGCUGCCCGCACUAGAGAUUGGCGAUUUUCUUAUAUUUUCUGAUAUGGGCGCAUUUGGUGUAACGGUUGCGUCACGUUUUAAUGGAUUCCCCAUUCCGAAGACAGUCGCUUGUGCGCGACUAGAAAGUACAAGAGCCAUGAUUGGCUGCAACACCGUAAACGUCGAACUGAACCAAACAAGUCAAAGUUGA